AUGAAUAUGCCGAGGAAUGAAGUGUUUUCGGCGACCUUGAAACUUCCGGCCGGUUUUUCGGAAGGACCCGUUUUUGAGGACGUUUCUGAGGAUGUCGACCCGGGUUCACACCCUCACUGCAAAUUGCGUCCAUUGCCAAUAAACCCGCAAUUGUACAAGUUGCAAAUCUCUCAGCUCGAACCCUGUGGCGUCGUUUCUUGCAAGCAACCCAACGGACAGGAAUGGCUGUGCGUGACGAUCAGAUUCCCGCUUGUGCCAGGCUUGCGAUUGCCAGAGGACGAAGUGAUCGUCAUCAAAUGUCGGCCACAAGACCGAUCAGUGGCACAGAGAAAGUCCAUCGACUUCCUGAGUGCUGAUGAUCUUGAAGAAGGGGUUUUUGAAAAUGACAUAACCAAACAGGAUCUUGAGGCCAUGGCACAAGGACGCGGGAUUGGAGUCAGAGUGGAACAGCGAUCCCCGCCGACAAUUUACUCAGGCGGUUUGCAGGAAUUUGAGAGUGAAAUCGGCCUUUUUCGGCGCCUCCCUGGAACGGCGCCGUUUUCCAAACGAAUUUUGCCGGGCUCCUCCAUUGACCUUGGGGAGGACAUUCAGCUUCGUAGCAUUGUCAGAUCUGGCGACGGUUGGCAUCAUUCGAAAUUGACUGACGUCAUCGUGAGUCGUGUGCCGUCAUCGACAGCGAUCGGAUCGUCGUCACAAGAAGACGACGACGUCGACGACGACAGCGAUCUGAGAACCCCGAGCCAGUCGGCCCGUCUGGUCUUCUCUGACGGGUGUCGGAACCCGAAAUACCGACUCCUCGCACCUGAUCAUCCCUCCAAAGACCAGAUCAAUCCACUCAUCAACAACUUCGGGUUCCGGGCUUUCAUGUUUCAAAACAUGAGGAAUGGGGACAGUGUGAAAAUAUCGGCUAAGGUCAUGGCCUGUGUCGAGGCCAUCGAUUGCGCUCCGGUUUUAUGUGGCGACGACAGAGGAGAAGGUUUCGGAAGACGACGUCGAAGUGUCGACAAGAACACCACUGUCGAGUUCCAAGUCUCCACACUGGUGUCGACGACGCCAACGAGCAUCUCGAAAGCAAAUAAUAAAACCAACGAUUUUGAAAACGAAAUUUCCGUCCGAAUCCUCGAUCGCUACACAGAUGGGCGACCGGAAGCAGCAGGAAACAACACGGUCCAGCUGCAAAGCUGUCGAGUGUACAUGCUCGUCACUGCUGUCGUCGGCGCCGUGCUUUGCCUGCUCAUCUCCGCCGUCACAGUGUUUGUGAUGAUUCGCAAAUGCGAGACUCGCCACAAGACCCGGAAACACCAUUCGGAAGCAGCUUCUUCUUCCUCCACUUCCUCGUCAAUGUCGAAAGCUAAUACCACCACGAGCAGCCAGUUCGACGUGUCGUCGUCGACAGUGUCGUCUUCAUUGCUGCCAGCUGCAGCGACACAUGAUGAUAUGGCGACACUCGUCAGAGCUGCGACGCGACGGCGGCGGACUUUGAGGAGGCGGAAUGAGGGACUGAGAGGCCGCAGUGUCGACAGAGGUGUCGAGCAAGGCAUGACGAAGGACGACGCCGAGUUCUGGCUCAACUUGUUCCAGGCUGCUCGAAGUGACGACCGCGACACCGACGGCAUUGUGACGGGUCACAACAAGAAGGUUCAGCGGGAACUCUUGCGGGCAUUUGUGGAAGGGACCAACAACAAGACCAUAUAUUCUCCACCCAGCCAUGUUAGCUCAGAUUCGGGUUACGGUCGCAUCGGCACUUCUACAUGGAGUUUAUCUCGACGACAAAGUGAGACAUCUCUCCGAGACUUGCUGCAAGAAGCCAGUACAAACUCUAUGGCGAAAACACUGGGCAGGAACAGGAUCCCGAAAUCAGUCUUGCGCGCCAUCGAGCAAAGCAUGUGGACGCCAGAAUCCGAAGACUUUUCUCACGAUCAACAGAUGUCGUAUGAUGCUCGACGGUGCGGUUGGACAGAGCCGCGCAAGCGUCGCGAAUUCCCGACACCUGCUCCAAGGAACGUGACGAAGAUUCAUGUUGGCGGCGGCGGUGGCGCCUUCCAGCGUCCGCAUAACAGGAAUCAUUCGUCGUAUAGCGAUGACGAGCUGUAUGCCGAGAUUGGCAACACUGAUUCUACAAUAUCGAAGGCUAGCAUUGUUCGAGGGGAACCCAUCAUGGUUUGAUUUCGGUGAUUUCGUAUAUAUUGCAUCCUUUGGACAAGUACUUGAAGGCGAAUGAAGUAAAUUGUUGUACAAGGUGUACUGGGAGAAAAAUACCGAUUUUCAACUGUGAUAUGCCCUCUGAAAAAUGUAUCAACAAUAAAUCUAAUUGUGUUUUUUAAAUAAGUUUUGAAUGACAUACGCCGAACCUCAUUGUUUUUAUACCUCUAGUAUGAGUAUGACAGAAAAAAACGAUAAAAAUUACACCGAGUAAAAGAACUUGACUUUUUUUUUACACAGAUUUAAUGUCAUUUUAUGUACUUCACCAUGUAAUUGUUUUUGCGUGCUUUUCAAUUGCCGACAGUAUAAGUGGAAAUCAAUCUCAUUUUAUUUACUUGGAUAUUUUCGCCAGAAGGCCAAAAACAAAGAUAUUUUUGUUGUGAGCUGAAAGGAUUCAAUGAAAGUGUCCUGGUUCCACGUGUACCCUGUAAUCCUAAGAAAAAUAUUCUCCUUCCAGUCACUGAGAUUUAACUUUUCUCAAUUCCUUGUAAUGGUCAUACAACUGCAUCUAAAGCGAUAAUGUUUUGAUUUAUUCGAGGAAUUAUUAUGGGAACUAUUUUUGAAAUACUGUAUUUAUCUUUUCAAAUGUGGUCACAUGAAUUUCUGCAGGGGAUACAGCAGCUGUUUGAAAAUCUGUAUUUUUUCUGGUCCACCGUGUACGUAUUUUUUUUGUCUUUUGAGGUCUAUGAAAAGCAGCAGAAAAAGCUGGAAUUCAGCGCGGAAGAAGAUUUUUCUUCGACUCUCAAGGUUUUGUUUUUUGUACAUGGACGGGAAGCAAACAAUUGGCAUUCAAUUGCCUAUGGUCAGAGCUUGUUUUCUGGUGUAAAAUAUUUGAAAAAAAAAAUAUUUUGUCGAUGGCAUUUUGGUUUCGAAUAAGGUGAAGAAUCCACGAUGAUCAGGGAUGUGUUUUGGGUCCCGAAAGUUACCUCUCAACAGUUACCUCUUUGGUUUUUUCUUGGAAAUCAUGACAUAUUUUGGUGUAUUGAUCAUCUUACGUUAAAAAAAAAAUACGGUACUCGAAAUCAACGGACGUUUUUAUCACAAAUCACAUUUUGAUUUACCUCACGAUGAAAUUGAUGGUUUCUUUGCGGAGUUUUCGAUACCUCACUCAUUAUAGUUCCGUUCUUUUUGCCUCGUACUCGGGUUUUUUGAAUUGCGAAACGAUUUUGUGAGAUCACUGAAAAAAUAUAUACAAUUGUUUUUAUUACCAUCAGAUUCUCUUUCUGUCUCGUCGAGUGGAUU